GUUAAAUUGUAGUUGUUGAUCAGUCAACAGUCAGCAGGACCGUGAAGCGAGUGACUGAAGCUUUUCUUCAGCAUGUGCCGAAGUAUGUUUGCCUACCAACACAGACAGAAGCUGACAGGACGAAGGGAGUAUUUUUUUAAAGGAAUAAAUUCCCAGGUGUCAUUAAAUGCAUAGAUGGAACACAAAUCACCAUUCAGUCUCCUGGUAUCAAUGAGCAUGAAUUUGUCAAUCGCAAAGGAUUUCAUUCCAUUAACAUUCAGGUUAUAUGUGAUGCAGAUCUAAUGUUCAUCAAUUGCAUAGCCAAAUGGCCGGGGAGUUUCCAUGACAGUGGGAUACUGCGAGAAUCAUCCCUCUUCUCUGCAUUUGAGGACAAAGACAGAAGACCUCUCAAAGGAAUUAUUCUUGGUGAUAGUGGAUAUAUGCUGCGUGAGUGGCUUUUCACACCACUUGUAAAUCCAGUGACCUGCAAAGAGAGAUCAUACAACUUUUAUCAUAGUUCAGCAUGCACAGCAGUAGAACAGGCCAUAGGUGUUUUAAAAAGAAGAUGGCACUGCCUGAGAAGACUUCGUCUUGAACCAGCAAAAGCAUGUAAAGUGAUUACUGUUUGCAUCAUGUUACACAACUAUGACCGAAAGCUGAAACUUGAAGAUCCAACCGACAGUGAUAGUGAUUCAGAGUGUGAUUCCUCUUCACAAAAUACUCACUUUGAUGUGGAAGAGGUUAAACAUGCCAAAAAUCCAGUAUCAGAACGUGCACGUUUUGCUGCAGGAAAAGCUGCUAGAUGCCAACUAAUCAAUUAUUUUUGACAACUUU